AUGGGUUACAUGAAAACCACAUACGACUACUUCGACCUCAAAGCCCCCUUCACACCCUUACCCAAAUAUGGCCAUCUCUCCAAAAAGACGCCAGAGUACGAGCAAGCAGAGCCGUCAAUUCGAAAGGCCUACUCAGUUCUUCAUGACCUCCCCGACUUCGCGGCUGUGCGCGCAGUUGCCGGUGAUCCUGAUGCGGUUAUGCCGCCGGGCGGACCUGAUCGAUACAAAGAUGUUGUCACUGAGCUAAUUGAUAUCCCAACUCGUGAUGGGACUGUCAUUGAGCUAAAGGUGUACAAAUCGCCGAAUGUUAAAGAGAAUGCUGUUUUGAUGUACCGGAUGCACGGCGGUGGUUGGUGUCUUGGUCGCCACGAGGUCGAUGGCGUUGACAAUGUCUACGCUGCGACGAAUCCUGAAAUCAUCGUCGUGAGCGUCGACUAUCGCACAGCACCGGAGCAUCCUUUCCCGACACCCAUCAAUGAUUGCUACGAUGGACUUCUUUGGUGUAAAAAGAACUCAGCAAGACUGGGCAUCGACCCUGAAAGGAUUAUCCUCAGUGGUGGCUCAGCCGGAGCUCAGCUUGCCGCUUCACUUGCCCUAGACUGCUUAAGAGACGGCAUUACCGGCGUCAUAGCGCAAGUCCUCCAUUUCCCGCCUACAUGCCACCCCAAGUUCUUCCCCAGGGACAAGUACGAGUAUGGAAGCUACAUUCAAAACUACGACGACGCGGUCCUCGGCGCAAUCAACAUGGAGACUGUCUAUGAUGCUUACACCCCCAACGCAAAGCCUGAUUAUAGGCACUCGCCUCUCCUUGCGGAAUCGUUCAAAGACCUACCUCCCACCUUGAUCCAAUGUGGUGGCGUUGACCCUCUUCGCGACGAUGCUUUUGCGUAUGCAGAAGCUUUGAAGAGUGAUGGUGUUGAGGUUGAGAUUCAUUGCUAUGCUGGGUUACCCCACUGGUUUGCGGCUCUUUUGCCUCAUACCUCCGAGAGUGUUCAGUUCUUUGAGAGGUAUAACGGCUUCCUGGCUAGACAUGUUGGGAAAUAG